AUGAAACUACUGAAGCUAGAUUAUUAUAAUGGAGAAAUAUAUGAAAAGUAUAAAAUAAAUAACAUAUUAUCUCUUCUUGUGGACAAUAAUAAAUUUCAAAACGAAAGUGUAGAUUUUCAUGAGAUAAGCAAUAAAAAGAAUAAUUAUAGUAUUAUGGCUAUUUUAGGAAGUCAAAUUAAAAAUUUAAAUGAUGAUAUAUAUAAAGAUAUUGAUACAAAUGAUAUAAUAUUAGCAUUGUCUAAAUUAAAAAAAACAGAUGAAGAAAUUUUAAUAAAUGAAAGCCAAAAUAAAAAUUACAUUUUGGAAUUAGCUGAACAAAUUUAUUAUGAAUAUUUUCAAAGAGGUUUAAUAAAAAAUGAUCAUAAUUUUCAUCUAAAUAAUAGUAAGAAAAAUUUUAUACAAAUUAAUAUUGAACUAAUGAAUGAAAUUAAUAGAGAAAUAAAAAAUUAUGAACAUAAAAUUCAUAAUUUACGUGCAUAUUCAGAAAAUGCACAAACAAAAAAUGAUGGAUCUACCAAUGAUUUGUUAAUGUAUUAUCAUGAAGAUGUGGAUAAUACUGAUGAUAAUCUUUUGAAUGAUAAUAAUUUUAAUUAUAAUAUGAAGCACAAAAAAUAUAAUGAUCAAAACAAAAUCUUUCUAAACGAUCAUGCACAUAAUAAUAAUAAUGAUUUUUUUGAUAGACCAAAUGAAAAUAAUUUUCUUAUGGAUGAAGAAAAUGUAUUGAAAGCAGCACAUGAAGAUAUUCCUAUGAAUAAUGAUUAUGUAAAUUAUAUUCAUAUGAAAAGAGACAGCCUCCACAACAACAACAAUAAUAAUAAUAAUUAUUAUUAUAAUAAUUAUAAAAAUAAUAUUUUUUCGGAUCAUCAUGAUCUUUUUCAUUAUAACAAAGAAGGUACCAAUAGUACCAACUGCAACAGUGUUGAAAAUAUUAACUAUGAUAUAAAUAUAUACAAAAAUAAUAAAAAAAAUAUACAUAUUAAUAAUAAUGUUAAUAGUAAUGAAAAUAUACCUAGGGUUAGUAACCCUAAUGGUAAUAUUGGUAAUGAUGGAAGGAGUAGUUAUAGAAAUUUAUCUCAGUUGAAUGAAGAAGAUAAGCAUUUAAUAUAUAAUGAUACAAUUAAGAUGGAUUAUUUAUUAAAUAGAAAAAUAGAGUAUGAAAAGCUGGAUGAAGAUCAAAGUGAAAGUAAUAAUAAGAGUACGAUGGUGAUGAAUACCCAUAGAAUGAUGAAAAAUUUUGAUAAUAUGAAUAAAAUAAAUUCAAAUGUUGUUGAUACAUAUGAAGAAAACAUGAAUUAUAAAUAUGACAAGAAUAAAUCAUAUGUGCUUAAUGAUGAAGAAACGUAUGAACAUAUGAGUAAUAAAAAUAUGAACAAUGUUAUGAAAAAUGCUGGUAUAAAUACUGGUGUAAAUACUGGUGUAAAUAAUGGUGUAAAUACUGGUGUAAAUAAUGGUGUAAAUAAUGGUGUAAAUAUUGGUGUAAAUACUGGUGUAAAUUCUGGUGUAGAAGAGAAUUGUAAAUACCAUAUGGACAUGGAUAAUGUACAUAAUGUACAUAAUGCAGUUAAUUCAGUAAAUCUCCAAGACAAUAUAUAUAAGAAUAAUAAUUCUAGUAAUACCUUAAACAACGUUCUAGAAAAUAUAGAUAAAGCUGAACAACAAAUAGUCAAGAACCAUUUAAAAAAUUCUUUGGCACAUAAUGAAUAUGUCGCGAAAAGAAUGAGUUCCUUAUUAUUAAAUCCCCAAAACGUGAUUGACAAAGAACCCUUUAAUAAUAAUAUAAGAAAGGCGUAUGAAAAAAAUGGAAUAAUGAAUAGAGAUGAACAGAAAUAUUUUAAUGACGAAAUUUCAUUAAACAAAUAUAGUUCUACUUAUGGACAGAACAAAAACUUUACUACAGAUACCAAUAAUAGUAGUAGUUUUAUAUUAAGUACAAUUCACAAGCCAAAUAUGGUAGAUGAAUCUUCAUAUAGUAUAAUGAAUAAUUAUGAAAAUAAAAAGUUUCGUAUUCAAUCAAGAAAUAUUAAUGCAAGAGAAAAUUAUUUACAUAACCAAAAUUCAAACCAUCAUUCGACAGAACGAAGCCACAACAUAAAUAAUAAUAUGAUUAAUCAUAAUAAUCAUAUUAGUAAUACGACACCAUUAAACUUUGAUAAUAUGAGUAACUACUCUAGAAAUGCAGCAAAAUCAGUUGAAUCGAAUAUGAAUAUAUAUACAAAUAAAUAUUCGAGGGCACUAGACAUAAACGAUUUAAAUAGUAACAAUACCAGUAGGAAUUAUGUAAAUAGUUCAAAUAGUUUAAAGAGUGAUCUCACUAUGAUGAGAGAUAAUUAUGCAAAGAUGUUAGAAAGAUCCAAAUCUUUAACAUCUCAUUUGUAUAGGGCCCCAAUUAUGCAUAAUAAAUAUUUGAAAGCAAAUAUGUAA